UGCUAAAUAAAUAUAUCUAUCAGCACCUUUUAUUUAAGUACAUAAAAAAUACUGGAGUAAUAUUUUAUUAUAGCCUGCGUAUCUGUACUUUUACUCAAGUACUUGAUUUGUGUACUUCGUCCACCACUGUCAAAAAUACAUUAAAAACAACAGCAUUUAUUUGAAAUGCAAUAGUUUCUGUAACAUUAUAAAUGUCUAUACUGUCAGUUUUGUUCAAUGUAAUGCAUUCUUGAUUAUAUAAUAAUAAAUGAUAAUAUAGUUAUUAUGCAAAACUUGGUAUUGUAUCACUACAACAAAACAUUAAUCAGUUUUAACAUAUUAAGUUGCUGUCAUUUCUCUGUUUCAGAUUCAACAGUAGCAGGAGGUGUCAUCAUUUUGGUCCUCUUCUUGCUCAUGAUUGGUUUCCUGCUUGGCCUUUUGUAUUAUUUGAGAAAGAAAACAAGGAGUUACUCAUUUGAUCUGACUCGUGUGGACGUAGCUGCCAAUGAUUACGUUGACACCCCGCUCAGAAACGACCAACAAGGCAUAAGCUAUGAACAAACUAACAAAGAUCUGUCUGUGUGUGCGGACUACGUACAAGAGGACAAGUCAGAGGAGAAGACUGAUCCCAAAGCAAAUGGGUCUUGUGGAGAGAAAACUGAAGAAGCAUCCACUAAUGACAACGAUUAUCAGAAUGUUCCAGAAGAAAAUAGUUUCUCUUCAAACUCGAGCUUGUCUCCACCAAUGAAGGACGAGGAUUUUAACCUGUGCCUGAAUCUGCUCGGAGGCGAAUCUGAUUUAAACGAUUUGACCGAAGCUGAAGCCACCGAUACGACGCAAAACGAAAACAACAAUAAUUUCAGCAAUGCCGGGCAGGGAGCAGCAGAAGAUAUCUUCACUGAAAUCAGUCUAGAUGAGCCAAACUAACAUGCAUAGUGUGUGUUUCCAAUGCAGCAGUCAAGAUCUCCGGUGUCUGGUGUCUAGAUUCAAACUAAAUCUGUUCAAGAUGCCUUGAUCCGGACUCUAUGAGUGCAAAAGCAUCCUUCAAGUUCUGUUCAUCUACUGUUAAAGGAGACUGUAUACUGUACAUAAAAAAAUAACAUUGAAUCAUUGGUUGAAGUUUAUGUAAAAAAUCUAAUGCUUUAUAAAAUAAUUUGUGGCUAUAUUAAAGUUAAUAAAAUAGACCGCUGUUAUCCUCAACCAUCUCCUAUAUUGGUCAAUAAACAGUAAUCCCAUAA